UCGCCGCGCCCGGACACGCCACUUUGGAGUCGGCGCCGGGGGCAGGGUGGGGUUGGUGGGCUGGAGUUCAGCACUUAGCUGCGCCGGUACGGGCGGCUGUCUCGGGACUCGCACGAUGCCGGAGGCACGGCAGCGCGGAGCGCGGGUUCUGUGGACGCUGCUGUGGGUGGCCGUGGUGCGAACCUACAACGUGGAUGUGGGUCGCCCCGUGAUUUUCCGGGGUCCCAACGGCUCCUUCUUUGGGUACUCGGUGCUGCAGCACUACCAUGAUAGCACACGGUGGGUCUUGGUUGGUGCUCCCAAGGCAGAAUCUAGAUACAGCACCUCUGUUCAGUCCCCAGGAGCAGUAUUUAAAUGUCGAGUUCAUACCAACCCUGAUAGAAGAUGCACAGAACUGGAUAUGGGGAGAGGCAAUUCCCGGGGCAUGCUCUGUGGAAAGACUUGUAAGGAAGACAGAGAUGAUGAAUGGAUGGGUGUGAGCCUCGCAAGACAGCCAAAGGCUGGUGGAAGUGUGCUGGCAUGUGCACACCGUUGGAAAAACAUCUACUAUGAGACAGAGUACAUCUUGCCCCAUGGCUUCUGCAACAUCAUUCCUCCUGACCUCCAGUCCAAAGGGAGGAAGCUCUUGCCCUGCUAUGAAGAGUACAAGAAGAAGUAUGGGGAGGAACAUGGUUCUUGCCAGGCAGGGAUCGCAGGCUUCUUCACCAAGGAACUGGUCAUCAUGGGGGCACCAGGAUCUUAUUAUUGGACAGGAACUGUCAAAGUAUUGAAUCUCACUGACAACACAUAUUACAAGCUGAAUGAUGAUGCUGUGAUAGCCAGGAGGUACACGUACCUUGGAUAUGCGGUGACAGCAGGUCAUUUCUCUCAGCCGACUACGACUGACAUUGUAGGAGGAGCUCCCCAGGAUGGAGGCAUUGGAAAGGUUUAUAUUUUCAGAACAGAUAGACAAUCAGGCUCUCUAAUAAAGAUUUUUCAGGCUUCAGGAAAAAAGAUGGGCUCUUACUUUGGCUCCUCCUUAUGUGCAGUUGACCUGAAUUCUGAUGGUUUGUCAGACCUGCUGGUUGGAGCACCUUUGUUUUCUGAGAUCAGAGAUGAGGGUCAAGUCACAGUCUAUAUCAACAGAGGAAAUGGAGUGCUGGAAGAGCAGGUCACCCUGGACGGCGACAGCGCCUAUAAUGCACACUUUGGAGAGAGCAUGGCUGCCCUUGGCGAUAUAGAUGACGAUGGCUUCCCAGAUGUUGCCAUUGGAGCGCCUAAGGAGGAUAACUACAUAGGAGCAGUGUACAUUUACCAUGGGGAUGCCAAUGGUAUAAUACCUCAGUACUCUAUGAAGCUGUCUGGAGAAACAAUAAACCCAAAGCUGCGUAUGUUUGGCCAGUCCAUAUCAGGGGGAGUUGAUAUGGAUAGCAAUGGUUACCCAGAUAUGACUGUUGGAGCCUUCCUGUCAGACAAUGUGGUACUUCUGAGAUCCAGGCCUGUCAUUACCAUGGAUGUCACCAUUUUCCUGCCCAUAUCUAUCAAUAUCACAGCUCCUCAGUGCCAUGAUGGUUUGCAGCUGGUGAACUGCUUCAAUGUCACAGCAUGCUUUCGUUUCAGUGGCAAACAUGUUCCUGGAGAAAUAGGUUUGAAUUAUAACUUGACUGCUGAUGUGGCAAAGAAGGAAAAGAGCCAGCAACUCAGAGUUUAUUUUGUGACUUCUGGAGAGACAGCAGGACAGAUUACAGAGAAGUUACAACUGUCAUUCAUGCAGGAAAAGUGCGAGCAUUACCUAGCAUAUGUCAAGAAAAGAGUCAAGGAUGUCAUCUCUCCAAUUGUAUUUGAAGCAUCAUACAGCCUUGGGGAAUACGCGAUAGAAAGAGGAAAAGAGGACAAGGAACUAACUGCUCUGAGGCCCAUUCUUCGCUGGAAGAAAGGACAAAAGAUAGCACAAAGGAAUCAGACUGUUUUUGAGAGGAACUGUCAAUCUGAUGACUGUGCUGCUGAUUUGAAACUUCAGGGUAAAUUAUUGCUAUCUAGUGUUGAUGACAGAACUCCCUACCUGGCCCUGGGAGCAGUGAGGAACAUCUCACUUAACAUUUUCAUCUCCAACACUGGUGACGAUGCCUAUGACACGAAUGUUUUCUUCAAUUUUUCUGGAGAGCUCUUCUUCAUCAAAAUGUGGCAAAAGGAGGAGCUGGGCAUUGCUUGUGAGUUACUGGAGUCAGAUUUCCUCAAGUGCAGUGUGGGAUUUCCUUUCAUGAGAUCCAAAUCUAGGUAUGAGUUCAAUGUGAUCUUUGACACAAGCCAUUUGACUGGGCAGGAAGAAACACUUACCUUCCUUGUCACUGCCCAAAGUGGAAACCUAGAACACACUGACUGUCUGCAUGAUAAUACUUUAAUCCUGUCUGUGCCCCUGAUGCAUGAGGUGGACUCAUCCAUCAAUGGAGAAGUCUUCCCUACUUCAUUUUUCUACGGUGAUUCUGUGGCAGCUUCCAACUUUGUUCAGUUGGAAAACCAUGAAUGUCUUUUCCAGUCUCUCAACUUCACACUGCAGGUUUAUAAUGCUGGACCAAGCACUCUUCCUGGAGCUUUUCUUGAAAUUUCAAUUCCAAACCGCCUCUCUGCCACUGGAGCUGAAAUAUUUCAUAUUCAGCAGAUGAUGGUUGGUCAGGACAAAGGAAGCUGUUAUUUCCAUAGAAGCUACAGCUCAUGUGUUGUUCCUCAAGAAAAUGAAAAUAUCUUCCACACAAUAUUUGCUUUUUUCACGAAGUCGGGCAGAAAAGUAUUGGACUGUGAAAGACCAGGCCGAUCUUGUUUAAUUGUACACUGCAACAUAAGCUCACUACCUAAGGCAGAGUCCUGUGAUAUAAAUAUCUACAUGCUGCUGAAUACCGAGAUACUCAAGAAGGACAGUUCAUCGGUCAUCCAGUUUGUCACAAGGGCAAGGCUUCAGGUGGACCAUGACCUCAGAGUUGUGGAGGUGCCUGGUGGGAACCCAGAAGAAAAACCAGUGGUCUUUGAGGCCUUGCACAAUCUGGAGCCUCGCGGCUAUGUUGUUGGAUGGAUCAUUGCCAUCAGUUUGUUGGUGGGAAUUCUCAUCUUCCUGUUGUUGGCUGUGCUCUUAUGGAAGAUGGGCUUCUUCCGACGGAGGUACAAAGAAAUUAUUGAGGCUGAAAAGAGCAGAAAGGAGAAUGAAGAUAGUUGGAACUGGGUCCAGAAAAAUCAGUAAACUGCCCAUGAAAACAAAACUGCCCGGUCAUGUGACAUGUACUUGCUAGUCUAUAGGUCCUGCUCUCGUAUCUUCCAUAUGUGGAAGAAGGAAUCUUCUCCAGAUUUUUUGGAGACCCCAUUGAUGCUGUGUCUUUAUUACUCCAAAAAGCUAGGGAACAUAUCCUGAGGCAGCCACUGCAGCCAUGUCAGGUGACUGGAGCAAUUCACACUUCAUUUAAGAGUUGAACUUUGAGCUUUGGAAACCAAGCUGCAGUACAGAGCAGUAUUUAUGAAUACAGCUAUGUAGUGUGCUCUCAGGGGAAGAAUUUUUCCUAAGAAUAUUUUUAUAAAUACAAGCUUUUUAUAUUGAGUAUGUCUUUAUAUUUGUAUCAAUGUUUUAUAAUUUCUAUUGAAUAGCUAUAUAGUUCACUCAAGCACUGAUAUCUGGCUAAAUCUUUGGAAAUACAUACAUAUAUAUAUAUAUACACACACACACAUAUAUAU